GGCUUGUGAUGGUUGAAAAAAUUAGCACCGAUCGUCAAUCAUUAGCCAGGGAACGGUGGCAACGCAAACAACGAUCGCAUUCGACGGCGGCCCGAAAAUCGACGACGGCAACUCGAAAAGUCCCACAGAAAAAUCGGCGCAAACGUUUAGCGAUUCUCUCUUCCUCUUAGCGUCUGCCAAAUCGGUAUCGGUGAACUUGCGUGGAAAGUGCAACCCAAAACUGAACAAAAAAAAAAUAUUAAAAAAAAAGAAAAACUAUUGAAAAUAUAUAGCUACAGUGAUUUGUGGCUGGUGUGUGACUUAGUGCGUGAUCUAAAAAAUCGGGGAAUUUGAUUCAAGUUCUGCAAAGGAUUACGAGAAAAAGUGCUGCCGGUGAGAGCCGGAAUAUACAUUUCACAAUAACAGAAAUGACCACAUCCCAUAUCUUGUCCGCCGUGGAUCCCACAACCGGCCUUAAUGGAAAUGUGGCAGCUGGCGGUAGCAAUGGCGGCGGCAGCGGCUCUCCCUCCCCCCAGCAUGCUGUGCACAAUGGACAUGGCCAUGGACAUGGACAUAGUUUAGGGGGUGUGGGCGGUGCAGUUGCCAUGGCAUCGGCAGGCGGUGCCGGCGGUGGACAUCGCAUUGGCGGCGGUGCUGGUAGUCCCAAUGAACUUGAUCGCAAUCUGCGAGUCUCGCUGGAUGAUCGAGAGCUGUGGCUGCGCUUCCAGAAUCUGACCAACGAGAUGAUCGUCACCAAGAAUGGCAGGCGAAUGUUUCCGGUUGUGAAAAUCAGUGCUUCUGGCUUGGAUCCGGCAGCCAUGUAUACGGUUCUUCUCGAGUUUGUUCAAGUGGACUCACAUCGCUGGAAGUACGUCAAUGGUGAAUGGGUUCCAGGUGGCAAGGCAGAGGUGCCACCCUCCAAUCCCAUUUAUGUACAUCCCGAGUCACCCAAUUUCGGUGCCCAUUGGAUGAAGGAACCCAUUUCAUUUGCCAAGGUCAAGCUGACAAACAAGACGAAUGGCAACGGACAGAUAAUGUUAAACUCAUUGCACAAGUACGAGCCGCGGGUGCACCUGGUUCGAGUUGGUUCCGAGCAGCGUCACGUGGUCACAUAUCCAUUCCCAGAGACGCAAUUCAUUGCGGUCACUGCGUACCAGAACGAGGAAGUCACCUCACUCAAAAUCAAGUACAAUCCAUUCGCCAAGGCCUUUCUUGAUGCCAAGGAGCGUCCGGAUACACUUUAUCCGCACGACACCCACUAUGGCUGGCUGAUACCCCCACCAAGUCACUAUGCAAGUGCCGCAGUUGCUGCUGUUGCGGCACCACCACCACCACCACAGCUGCCCAUGGCCCAGCCGCAUACCCUAGUGGCAUCCCCAUCAGCAUCCAACUCCUCCUCCUCAUCGGCUGCAGUCUCGGGCAGCUGCGAUCGCUACGGUCGCACACUGUCCUCACGCAAUCCAGCGCCAAAUCGGAGCACACCUUACAGCCGGCCACGCGUUGUCUCCGGUUCCGGUUCGAAUGGCAGCAUAGGCAAUGGCUCCUCUUCAUCGCCGCAGCCACCAUCGGCACCACAGACACCGACCAGUCUCCAAUCAUCGAUUGGGUCGGUUAGCACCAGUAGCAGCAUAAAUACCAAUGCGAGCAGUGGUGCCAGUGUUGCCAGUGGUGGUUGCUUCACCAGUUCCUAUUCUCAGCCUGGGUUUAUACCCGUAGAAGGCGGCUCUACGGCAUCGGUAUUCUCGUAUCCCAGCAGCUGGCAGAGCAACACCAACUACUGGAGUACGACAAGUGUUCCUGGUCCAAUGCCCAUGAACGUGUGCAGCAGUCGCAACAUCUCCACUCACAAUUCACCCUCGCCCACGAAUGGCUCACCGAGCUAUACGACGCCCUCGCCGGGAUAUACCAUACACCAUCUGACGCCGCAUGGCCACCAGUACAACAUGGCGCAGACGGAUCUGUAUGCGAGUGGAGGGGUUUCAUCGGGCUCGCCACAGACGUAUGGUGCAACCACACAUCAAGUGUACCAUCCCACGCCCACCUCCCCCACCCACCAGCUGUACACAAAUGUGCUGAAUGCAUCCUCGGCAUUGAGUUACCCGACUAGCAGCUGGCACAAUGGCUCUGGUGCCGAUUAUGGACUCUACCAGAAUUCGGCUCCUGCGUACUACCAGCCCGAGUAUAUACCACUUGAGAUUGGCUAUGCCACCACCCACCCGCUGGAGCCAGUGGACGUCACAAAGACACUCGAUGAGUCACAGAACUCCAUGUAUAAGCCAGCUGAAGAGCAGAGUUCCGUCAUCACUCUGGAGUGCGCCAGUGCCAGUCUAAAGGCCACUCACAACAAUCACAGCAACGACAUCAAGCUGGAGUCUCUCGAGCACAGCGUGGAUCGUGGCGUUGUUCCUGCCGUCCCUGUGCCCCUACCUGUGCCCAGUCUGCAGCCAACAGGGGUGCCCACAUCUGUGGUAACCGCUGUCAGUGCAGACACAUGGACACCGCUAACACCACCUCAAAGCACCCUGCAGUGAUGACUUGCAGAAAUACAAAGCCAUACAGCCAGCCAGCAAACACCCCAGCCUUUAGACGCAUGAACCCUUAGGAUGGAUUGAGUUAUUGACCGAGUUCGAUUUUAAGACCUUUAUUACUAGUACCCCAGCAUGCAAAGUACACUAUAGCAAAUAUUUCACUCUAAAAUAUUAUAAUGUAACAUGACUUUCCAUUAUGUUCUUAUUAAAUUACACAUAAAUAUAUGCUUACUUACUUUAUCAAAGUUCUUCCAAAAAACUUACGACCAAUUCAAUAAUAGCUUGUCAAAAUGUAAAUAGUAAGUAACAAAUUGCUGAGAAUAUCUUGAAAAGUAGAAACGUUUUUAAUGCAAAAUGCUGUAGUCUUCAAUCUGCAACAGCCCAACCCAAUUUAAUGAAAUUUAACUUAAGCAAUUAAAUAUUCAUUUUUCCUUUA